CAUCCUUCUGUCUGUUUUUUUUUUUUGGUUGUUUAAUCAUAUGUUUUGCUGUCGGAUUAACUAACUCUGUGCUGCUCUAAUGAUUACUUGUUCCGAAAGGGGAGAUGGUUUUCAGCUGGGGGAAAGUAAGAGCUAAUUAAUGAAGGGCUGGGUUAGGGAUGUGGUAGUUGUUGUUGUGCUUGCUAUUUUUGGAGAAGCAGCAGAGGUAAGUCUUUUCCAGUAACGGGGGAUUAGUAGCUGUAAAGUUUCCCAAAAUGUCUGAAGGAGAUGGGAAGGGCGAAAGCUUUCCGCUUUGGAAAUUGAUGCUCUUUCUCUCUCUACUUCUUUUGCCUCUGCAAAUAUUCUUUUUUUUCUUUUUCCUUUUUUUGCCUGGGAUUGGGCUUGGGGGUUGGGGUGUUGUGGUCUGAGGUGUUACCACGUCAUUGAGGAUGGGCAAAGCGACGUCGUCAGCGGUGUGCUUUCGUUUUUCCUAUUCUUGAUUUUCUCUUGGAGAAGGGAAAACAUUUUCUUUGUUGCUCUGGGGGGAAAAGUUUUGUUGAUUCCAAUAAAGAAUCCUAAAUGGGGAACCAUAACUGCCCCAUCAACCACCAUGGGCUUUUCUAUUAUAUUUCUUUUCUUUUUCAUUUUUUAACCAUCGAUCAAAGGGUGAAAAUUCUGAAGCAAAUAAAUAUAGAUUUUCAGUGGUGUGCUGUUCUUGAUAAACAUUUUUGGACCAAGGAACUGUGAAAAUUCAUAGUUUAUUGGGUUACUCUUUAUUUUGGAGUUGGUGUCAAAGUCAUUGAAAGUGACAAAUGGAGGCCUUUCUUUUUUCUGUAAAAAAAGUAUGUAUAUAUAUGAAAUCGUAGUCAUGCUCAUCCCUAUUGAUAGCUGUCUCCCUUACAGGAAAGAAGUGAGCAGUUAAAAACAUCAGUUUUGGUAAAGGUAUAAAGAGCAAAAAGAAAGAGAUAAAGGAGAAUUUUGAUUGUUCUCAUAAAAGGGUGGUUAAAUAGUGAGCAGUAAAUAGUAAAAAUCUUUUUUCAGUUAUCUGACCUGCUAAGUAAAGAGGUCAGGAGAGAAGAGGAGUAUACUGUCGUUUUUCACAUUCUUCUCUUGCCUGGAAAUAAGAGAGAAAUUCUCUGCCUUGAAUUAUAUGGUAGGGUAAAUGUUGUGACUCUGUUCCUGGAGAAUUAGUCUAGUCUCUGGUGGGAAGUUGUGUUGGAAAUCUUUGUGGAGAAUUCUUAAGAGAAGAAUCUGAAAUUCUGUGCUGUAAAAAUCUUGAUUGACUUGAACUUUUUGGUGAUGAAUGGGUCUUUGUUGCUCUGCUUUUAGAAGAAUCUGAAAUUCUCUGCUGUGUUCUUGUGGUGAUGAGUUGAUCUGCACCUGUGUUUUCGUAAAGAAGUGUGUUAGUUUCCACUUUCUGAUUUUCUGACUUCACGUAUCCGGGAUUGUAGCUUCUCCAUGGGUUCAGUACUUCUCAUAUCUCCAAGAUCCAGUGCCUAGUUUAUGAUGCAUUGCGGGGACAAGGAGAUUUGAGAAAGUCCAUUAAUGAGCCAUUUUGCUGAGAUGGAGUGGAAUUCAAAGUGGGACUGGGAAAACUUUCUGGGGUUUGGUUCAAAAGCAAUUGAAAGUCCCAAGAAGCUGCAAUUAGCAGACUGGACGAUUGUUGAUGAUGGACAAAUUGAUGCUGGAUCCUUCAAUCUCUCCGCAGGUGGUGGGAACAGUGGUGCUUCUGACUCAGAUGGUGGGCAUGUUUCUUCAGCUAAGAGCUCGAUAUCGGCUUCUACUGACUCCUCGACAAAGGAUGGCAUGCAAAAUCCCAAUUUUGGCCUCAUAACAUUUCAGGGCUUUUCAGGAAAUUUUAGCAAGAAGAUGGAAAUGGAAGGAGCUGAUGUUUCUGGAACUUCUCCACUCAUGGAUGCUUCCAUUGGCUCUGUGGAACCGUUGAUUGGUUUGAAACUUGGAAAGAGGACAUAUUUUGAGAAUAGCGGUGCUGGAGGCAAUGUUAAGACUGCACCUCUUUCUGCGAUGCCUACUCCUGCUACUUCACUGAAGAAAACUAAGUCAUUGGGUCAAAAUCUUCCCAUACCACGCUGUGUAGUUGAGGGAUGCAAUAUUGAUCUUUCAACAGCUAAAGAAUAUCACAGAAAGCAUAGAGUUUGUGACAGCCAUUCCAAAUGCCCAAAGGUUGUUGUUGGAGGCCUUGAACGGCGGUUUUGCCAACAGUGUAGCAGGUUCCAUACCUUGUCUGAAUUUGACGAAAAGAAGCGCAGUUGUCGAAGAAGACUAUCGGAUCAUAAUGCACGACGCAGGAAGCCACAUCAGGAAGCUAUCCAGUUUAAUUCGACAAGGCUCUCAUCACCAUUUUAUGAGGCAAGGCAACAAAUUAGUUUUCUGUUGAACAAUGCUCCACUUAUUCACUCCAGAAAUCCUGCUAAUACCACAUGGGAUGGCGCUAGCAACUCCAAGUUCACCCUAACAAAAGGAUAUCAUUUCAAGUCUAAUGGAGAUGGAGGUACUGAUGAGCAAAUGCAUAUGCCAGGCAUCAAUCUGCCACACGCCAUCGAUAUGCACGGCACUGCUGCCAAUGAUUUUUUGGUGUCGAAGAGCUCCAUACCUACAGUUUUGGAUCCAGGUUCCAAGGGACCCCUUAUGUCUUCCCACUUAGAUGCAGCACCGGAGUAUCGCUGUGCUCUCUCUCUUCUGUCAAGCAACUCGUGGAGUUCAUGUGGACCUGAAUUGAUGCCUGUAAACAAUCAAAUGGAUGAACUUGGGACCAGUGUGGAUCAGCGUAUGAUGCAUGCAACCCCAGAAGGUGUCCCGCUCUCUUCUUCACAAUUCUGGCUCACCGGACAUCAACCAACUCAACCUCGUGUGGCCACGAACGGUAACUUUCAGGAAGUCCAGCUUCUCAAAACACCAUAUGAGGCUGAUUUCUAUUCUAACAUAUUGAACUGACCAUUGAAAAACAAUGUCAAAGAAUAUGUAUUAACACUUAACAAUCGUGUAAGGUUAAUUGGAAAAAUAGAUAUUGACUUAUUGCAAUUGAUGUCUAUGAUUACUGGUACAUGGUUAAUAAAGCUGUCACAUUCCUGUGUGAGUCUGAAAAAAUUCAUCUGCAGACCAUUUGAACAACUUUCUUCGGGAUCGAUCUUGUUCGGUUCAGAGUUGUUUGUUUGUCUUGGGACAUUCUGAUUGAUGCAUUUUGCAUGGUUCUUCACUUAAAAAUCAUAUUUUGAUACGGUAAAUUGCCUAUCAUGACUAUCACAGGAGGGCUCCCUGCAAUUUGGCCCUAAAAUUAUAGAAUGUAAUCAAGAUACCAGCAAUACACCAACAAUACCCCUAUUUAUGUUGAUUCAUGCUCAUUGAGGCUUCUUUUUUACAGACUUCCUCCAUGAGGAACUUUUCUCUUCCUUCUCACCAUUUUUCUCAGACAGGUGACCUUCACCAAUUUAAUAAAAGAAAACCCAUCCUAAUGAAUGUACUUCCAUAGUAAAAAAUAAAAACUUAAAAAAAUUAAAGAAAAAGCAUUCAUCAAAAAGUUGCACGAAGCCAAAGAAAAUAAGUGCAUACCAAGCAGUUGUGUUGCUCUACCUCCAU